CGGCGCCCGGCCUCUUUCCGGCAGUAGGCGGGGACCGGCGCGGCCACAGGCGGCGCGGCGCGGCACGGCCAUGCAGCCGGAGCGGGGCGGCAGCCGGCCCCGCCGGGAAGGCGGGCGGCACGGCCGCAGGCGGCCCGGCGGCGCCGAGAGGGCGGCCGAGGCGGCGGCCGGAGGAAGCGGCGGGGACGGCCACGGCCACGGCCGAGGAGGCGGGGGCCGGGGAAGAGGCGGCGCUCCCGGGCACCGAGGAGGCGGGGGCCGGGGGAGGCGAGAGCCGCGGGGCCGCGGGGCAGCGCCGCUCCCCGCCGCCCCCCACCACCGGCGGGUAGAGGAUGAUGAUGAUAACGAGUCACGAGAGGAAGAAGAGAAGGAAGACCUGAAAAGCUAUUCAAGAAGAAAGAUUGUUUCCAACUGGAGCCGCUAUGAGGAUGCAGAAAAAGAGGGACAGAAUGAAAGUGCAGAGUCUCAGAGAGGAACUGACUUCAGCGUUUUGCUUAGCUCAGCAGGAGACUCCUUUACACACUUUCGAUUUGCUGAAGAGAAAGAAUGGGAUACAGAAAGCAUAUGCCAUGAGCAGUUAUCUGCCCUUUCUGUCGACUGUCAGAUUUUGGUCCAGGCCCUUCAGGAAGUGCCUCUACAUCUAAGGCUGAAUGUGGCUGCUGAACUUGUGCAGGCAUCGACGCCUGCUGAGCUCCCACACGUGAAAUUUAAAAAUAUUGAAGAUGAUAGCAAUAGACGAGAGAUUCUGUUUCAACAGUCUUUGGCUCAGAGUGAAACAGUGUCCAUCUCCCAUCACGUUGGUGAUUCUGUUGCCCCAUCAGAGCCUAGAAGUAAAGAUACUCAUGCAGCAAAUGCAGCAGAACCAUUUCAGAAAGGCCUUCCACUAUCAAAGCAAGAGACUGACCAUUUGGAUGAAGAACUGGAUCUUCUCCUAAGUCUGGAUGCUCCUGUUAAUGCAGAAAACAGAUGCGUGUCAGGUGCAUUAUCCUACAACGUAACUGAGAAAGAUCAGAAAAUGGAUUAUAAGGAAAAGGACCCUCUAAAACUAGAUGUGCCUGAAGAGAAGAGUACAGCAUCACAGCAGCAGCAAAGUACAUCUAAAAAUGUCACUGAGGAAGAGCUUGAAGAUUGGCUGGACAGCAUGAUUUCCUGAAGCCCAAAUUCUCUUAUGUGAAUAAAUGAAUAUAGCAAAAGUUAAGGAGAAAGUAUUAGCAUAAGGAGUGAAUUCCUUUAUCUCCUCUUUAUUUCCUUUAUUUUGCUUGGUUCAGUAUGCCCAAUGCCUAAUUUUAUUUGACAGCAUUUAAAAACCGCUUAUCUUAAAUUUGUUUAAAUGUGAUAGAGAAUUCUCUAAAGUAAGUGAAUAUUCUUGGUAGACAAUACUUAUUUAAAAAGUUUAAAUUUUGUGAUGAAAUUCAGAUUUUCUUUGCUUAAGAUGUAUGCCACAAUACACUAACAGAGAAAUUGUUUCAGCCUGUACUUGCUAUAUGUAGUCCUUAUAAAAUAAAACUGUGAACACAAAA